AUGUCGGCAUCCCCCACGAAAUUCCCUCCCCCGGGCCCCGAAGGCUGUGACGGAGGCGUGGGCUCCGCAGAACUGCGGGAGGUUCGAGGAGCUUCGCGGUCGGUCCCUGGUCCCGCGCCUCGGCGCUUCAGUGUCUGGAAACGCACACCGCACCCUGCCACCCCCGCCCACUUCUCAGACGGGCACCUCGCGGGCGAAGGGCUGCGGUUUGGCCAAGGAGAGAAUGCGAGCCGGGCCGGAGCGACCAGUCGGCAGGCGCCUGGAAAACGCGGCCAGCCGACCGGGCGGGCGGGCGCCGGAGCCGGAUUGGCGAGGGAGGGACGCGCUCCGCGGCGCUCGCUCGCCUGCCCCAGAGGCGGAGGGAAAACCCGGCCUGACUCACCGGCGCGCCGCCAGCCCAGGGCCGGGCCCCCGGAUGUGGGGGGCGGGGACGGGGACGGGGGGCAACCCCCGCCCACCGCGAGCCAACCUGAGCCCCGCCCGGGCUCGCCGCGCCGCCCAGCCGCCGCGCGCCGUAGCCGCCCGAGCCCCCUGCCGGCUGCGCCCGGCGCCGCGCGGAUUCCCGGCGGGUCGGCAGCCCCCGCGCAGCCGACGUCCCCGGAGGGCGUCCAGCCAGCCCCCCUCCUCCUCCUCCCGGCCUUGCCCGUUCCUCUUCGUUUCCAGAACUCGGCAGCUUCCGAAGAGGCGCGUUCAACUCCCAGAUCCUCGCCGCCUCCUCUUAGGUGUCACUGGAGGAGAUCGACUGCAUUCAUAGAGUCUGUCUUUCCCAUGAUUCAGUUAUGGACCAGUGGAAAGGGCGGAGUUUACGAAGUCGGACGGAACGAAGUUAAUACAACACAAACGGAGGUCUUAACCGUGGAGAUAAUGAAAAGCACCACACUGACCUUCAGAGUGAAAUGGCCACUGUUUACUUCUACCUCUCACGUCACCAGCAAGUUCCUCUUUUGGCCAGCUGGGGAAGGGAAUUCUGGGGAGAGGCAGCCGAGCCCAGUUGACAAUGGAAUGAUUCAGUGCAAAAAGACAUUCCCCUUGUCGCCUACUCUGAGGUUGGUUUCAUUGUUUUACACUUUGAACUCCAAUACAUGGAGUGAACCAUGGAUCCAAUUUUAUGUUCUUCCAAAUGGCUAUUGGUUUAUCAAAAUUUUUAUUUUUCCCCACUCAUUUGAAAUGCCAUCUUUAGCCUGUGCUAAACUUGCCUAUGUGCUUUGGUCUAUCUCUGGGUUUCCUGUUCUGUUCCAUUAUUUUUUUUAUGCAGCAGUACCACAUAUUAUAGAAGCUUUAUAAAACGUUUUAAUAUUUGGUAGGGCCAGCUUGCCCUAACUGGUAAUUUUAGGGUUUUAUUUAAAAUGCCUACU